CGAUUCGUUUAAAAAACUAACCGAUAGUACAUCCAUGUUUAUAUUUUCUUCAACAGAUAAGCAAAUUUAUAUAUAAAACUGGUAACAUUCAUUUAUUCACCCAUUAUCAGUUCGAAGAACAAACAACGAACCAAAAGUGAGAUAAUAAUAUUUUUACCAGAAUCCGAGUUCAAAUUUGAAUUAAAUUAAGUGAGGUUAUAUUGUAAAACACCGAAAGUGAGGUUAGGUAUUUAGAAAUGUAUCCUGAUUUGGAAAGAUACAACGAUUGUGAUGCGGAAUAUCGUGGAAAUUCGUUUUUCGAACAGAAUUGUAAUCAAAUUUUCACGAAAGGUCCAGCGUUAACCAAAGAUUUUUUGGGAAAAGUCAACGCUGAGAUUGUGCCUAAGAAGACGUAUAUUUUUGGACGUGAAUUUAAGACAAAACGAAUACUACUUACUACUGGACUUUCUUUACUAUUCUCGACAAGUCUGUUUGUAGCAAUAGUUACAUGGUUUACUAGCACAUUUGAUAAUUUUGUACUAUCGCAAAUGGUUCUUAAAAACAACAGUGACGCGUUCAGAAUGUGGCAAAAACCUUCUGCCAAAGCAAUUUAUAAUAUUUAUAUUUUUAAUUAUACAAAUAUUGAUGACUAUACGAAUGGAUAUGUUGACAAAUUAAACCUGAAUGAAUUAGGACCGUAUGCGUACGAAGAAACACUAGAACGUAUUGACAUUUCUUUUCCAACUGAUGACACUAUUUCAUUCAGGGAAAAAAGAAGUUACAACUUUAUGCCAAGAUUGUCAAAAGGACGUGAAAGUGACAUGUUGGUUGUUCCGAAUUUAGCUGUCAUUGGUGGAUCUGCUGCAACAAAAACACAAGGUUAUUUUACAAGAUUGGCUUAUAACGGUAUUCUAUCAGCAUUAGGUGAAGACGCUUUUCUAAAAAUAACUGCAGGACCAUUAAUUACAGGAUACAAAGAUAAACUAUAUGAACUUGCCAAAACGUUUUUGCCUGAAGGUACACCUGAUAAAAUGGGAUUGAUGGCUUCGAAAAUUGGAGAAUCCUCUUCAAUAUUUACUAUUAACACUGGAGAAAGAGAUAUGAAUAACUAUGCAAUGGUGCAAGAGGUAGAUGGAAAAAGUGAAUUAGACUAUUUUUCUGGCAAUACUUGUAACAGUGUGAAAGGUACCGAUGGAGCACUACAACCUCCAAAGUUGGUCCAAAGUAAGCAACCUCUUUACUAUUUUUUCCCUCAAGCUUGUCGCAGAAUGCCUUUGAAUUUCGAAAAGGAAACAACCGUUUUGAAUGGCAAGGUACCCGCCUAUCAAUACGUUCAUCCUGAAGACAUUUUUGAUAGUGUCGAAGAAAAACCUGAAAAUGGAUGUUACUGUAACAUGGAAAAUGGGCAAUGUCCACUCAAGGGGGUGUUUAAUGUCACAAUGUGCAACUAUGAUGCCCCUAUGUUCAUCUCGCAUCCACACUUUCAUAGAGCAGAUCCACGCCUUUUAGAACCCUUUACUGGUCUGCGCCCCAAUGGAGGAGAUUAUAAGACUUAUUUCAAAAUCCACCCCACUAUGGGUUUUACCAUGAGUGCUAAAAAUAGUUUGCAAGUAAAUGUUCAACUGCAGAAGGCUGCAAAUGUGGCUAAACUUGAUGCUUUUGAAGACGGCAUGAUUUUUCCAGUUGCUAUUUUAGAAGGGGUUCUCGAUGAUAAUACUCUACCUCAAGAUAUUAUAAAUACUAUUAAUUUAGUUACUUUUACAGCACCGACUAUAAAGUUAGCUAUACAAUACGGGUCACUGCUAACCUCAAUCAUUACUUUAGUAUCGUUGGUUUUAGUUUUAAGGAGAAAAUCUAGUAAUAUGCAAAGAUCGCAUACUGAUAGGCUGAUACGAACGAAUGAAGGAUAUUAUGUAGCAAGUUAACGUAUAGGUUAAUUUAAUGACAAUUCUGAAUAGAGAACUCAAGCUCAGAGAUGAAAAUUCGAAAAAUGAAGCAUAUAAAUGAAUUUGAGAAAGUGAAAUUAUAAAAAAAAUUGAAAUUUUGAGAUAUAUAGGUAAAAUUUUGAGAAUAUAACGUCAGAAUGUUGACUGGAAAAAUUAAAAGGUUUAUAAGUAAAAAAAUUAUGUCAAAACAUUUUAAAAUAAGUUUUAUAAAGUAAAAAAAGUUUGAAAAACAAAGCAACAAUUUUGAGAAAUUAUUCAAGAUUUUCAAAAUUAUUAUUUGGAGAAAAUAACGUCAAUAUUUUGAAAAAAAUAAAAAAUUUUGGUGAAGUUAAAAUUUUGAGAGCACAAAGCAAAAAUUUUGGAAAAUGAAGUUCAUAUUUUGCGAAAAUAACGUUAAUAUUUUGAAAAAAAAUCAAAAUUUUCAAAAAAUUGACAUUUUGAGAAAUGUAGGCCAUAUUUUGAGAAUAUAACGACAAAAUUUUUAAAAAACAUUUCAAUGUUUAUAAAUAAAUGAUAAAAUUUGAGAAAAUAGUGUUCAAACUGGAAGAAUUUUAACAUUUUGAUAAAGAUACAAUUUUGAGAAAAUAACGUCAAUAUUUUGAGAAAAAAAAUUAAAAUUUAAAAAAAAAUGACAUUUUAAGAAAUAUAGGUAAUAUUUUGAAAAUCUAACGACAAAAUUUUGGGAAAUGAAGUCAAGAUUUUGAGAAACUCUAAAACAGAAAAUGUUUAUUUUAUAAAUACGCCCAAAUGAGAUAUAAACAAUAAAAUGGCUGCGAACAUAGUUCUAUUGACACAACAUGCACAUUGGCUUUUUAUCUCACUCUAGUGCAUUGGUAAGACAGGUUAUGAUACAGCAACUCUGUUAGUGGUGAUUUUGACAGUUUCACUGAUAUACAGUGGCGUCUUUUGGACGUCAGAACCCCCCUUAUAGUUCUCAAAAACCCUUCCCACUGCUGAUAUAGAUUGAUCAUCCAUGCUUGAUUUGAGUUUUCUGUUCUGGAAGUAUUGUGCUCAAUAUUUGAACGUGUUUUGUUUUUACUGCUAUUAAAAAAGUUUUUGUGAAACUUGUUGUUACUUAAGAUCGUUCAUUAUUUAUUUUUUUAAUUUUUUUGUAUUUUUUUUUGUACCAAGUUACAAGAGAGCCGGGAUCUUAUUAUACCCUAAAUAUUGAAAAUUAUUGAUCAUGGUACAUUUGAAUUGCCUUCUAUACUAAAUUUAUAGUAUUGGGGAUAAUCCAAAAAUGUUCUAUUCUUAUUUUAUUUUAAUUUUAAUUGAAAAAAAAAUAAUUGAAACGGGUUGUAAUUUCCUAAAUUAUUUUUGAUAUUUUAUAAAUACUCACUUGUUACGUUUGUGUCAAU